AUGGCCCCCAGCAGCGAGCCGUUGCAGGAUAAUCAAGGGCAUGCGGAGAACCGAAAGGAGUGGGAAGCUGACGACGAGCUCUGCGUGUCAUGGACCAGCAACCUCAGUGUCAUCACGAAUCCCUCCGAAGGCAUAGACAUCAUUGUCACAGCCAUCGAGGGCAUGAGGAACUGCAGCAACUACAGCACGGUGGUGGCUACCCACAUGCUGAACAUGUUUGUGGUGGGCGCUGUCUCUUCACUGGAAGAUGUGCCACGGAUCAUAAGGUGCCUCUACAGGAACCUGAGGUACGUCAGGGAGUUGUCAGCCCGGGUCACCCUGAACAACAUCCUUUGCCACCUGUGCUGCUCGAACCCUGACGAGCUGACCGUGAGCCUGCUCUACUGCUCCCCACUCUGCAACAACAUGGCCACAACCAUGUGGAAGGUGCUGCUGGAUAAGGCCGCAGUUGCAAAAGACGUGCUGCAGGAGCUGCUGAGCUUGCUGGAGCAACGGCCACUGCGCAAGCAGCCCACCUCCAAGAGGGACAACAGCUGCAUCCUUCCCCUGGCUGCAACAAGAGCACUGCACGUGAUCGUCCAGAAGCCCUACGACCCACAGGUGUUGAAGACCUUCUUCCCCCAGCUCUUCCUGGCGCUGCUCUUUCAGAUUGUCUUCACAGCAGGGUUCACCCGCCAGGAAACAAACAUCUUCCUGAGGGAAUGCCAGCGGGAUGGGUCCCGUGCCCCCAGCCACAUCAGGUGUGCCAUGGAGGCCAUGAAGGGUCUCUUCCACUGUGCUGGCUAUCGGCACGUAGCCCUGGCUGUGGAGAAGAAUGGCGGCUGGGAGCUGUUUCUGCAUGCAGAGACAUCUCAGAAGGGAGUGUCCGUGCUGGCCAGAGCCAUGAGGAGAGCUCCGAGACACCUGUGUGGCUGGAUCUUCCACCAGCUGGCAAGGCUGCUGAGCGGGGAGGACCAGUUUCGCCAGAGGCCCGCCAUGGCUUUCUUUGUGGAGCUGCUGGACGGCCUUGACCUUGCCGAGAUGGACGAUGCCGCGCUGCCGCUCCUCUGGCGCUACAUGCAGGCUGAGGGCCUGGAGCUGUGCAGACUGGCAUUCAGAGGCCUCCUGAGCCUGCGGAAGAGGCCCGAGAUGGCAGGGAAAAUGCAGAGCCUGCUCCCAGACAUGGUGGAGUGGCUGCAGGAUGCCCGCAGGGAAGUGCGUGCAGGAAGCUUGCUGUUGCUGAGAAACAUCCUCAGCUACCUGGACCAGAAGGGCUCCAACCCCAUCGCUCUGCAGCUGGCGGAGAGGCUUCUGCCACGCUUUGAUGACGCCGCUCAGAAAGCCCUUGUCAGCGCUGCACAGCUCCUCAAGUGGGAGGAGCUCAAGCAACUGGCCAGGACAGGGGAGAUACGGAAGAUUGGGGAGUACCUGAGAAGGUCCAAGCACUGCUCAGAACUCGGGGAAGUAGCUGCUUACGUCCCCGACCUCAUUUUAUCUGAGGACUUGAGGCACGAAGCCCGUUGCGUUCAGAAUUUUCAUGGAGUACUGCUCUUUGCAGACGUCUCAGGUUUCACUGCUCUGACAGAGAAGUUUAGCCAGAGCGUCAGCCUCGAGCGGGGUGCGGACGAGCUAACGCAAACGCUCAAUGACUACAUGGGCGACAUUGUGGAGGAGCUGCUGGGCUUUGGAGGAGACAUCUUGAAGUUUGCAGGGGAUGCUGUACUGGUGCUGUGGAGAGUGAGGGAAACACAGCUGAGAGACACCAUCAGCCUGGUGCUGCAGUGCUGCCGGCAAAUCCAGGAGAAGUACAGCGUCCGUGAUACAGACGUGGGUCUGAAGCUCCGACUGAAGAUAGGGAUCUCUGCAGGGCACAUGUCGCUGCUGACUGUGGGAGACCGCAAGGAGCAGCACUUCCUGAUCCUUGGCAAGGCCGUGGGUGAGGUCUGGCAGGCGCAAAACCUUGCAAGUGCAAGUGAUGUUAUCCUGUCAGCCAGCUGCUGGGAGCUCUGUAACCAGAGCCAGGUGAAGAGCAAGAGAGUGAAAGGCCAAGGAGCUGUGAAGGUUACAGGCGUGCAGCGGAUGUCUGUGUCGGAACGCGAAGAACUUUUCUCCAAGUUCACACGAGCCCAGCUGAACUGCCGUUCUCCUGAAAUGCCAGGCGUCCUGAGGCCUGCGGUUACCUUGGCCCCUCAUCGUGCUCAGGGGAAGGUGCUGAGGAAGUACAUCCCAGCCAGUGUCCUGCGCAAGAUUGACGACAGACAGCCCCUGGCGUGCCUAUCCGAGCUGCGGCCGGUCACCUGCCUCUUUGUGAAGCUGCAGUUUGCUGCCAAGGUCAACCUAACGCAAAUCUGCAAGGCUAUCCAGGACAGCAGCGUGCUGAUUUCGGAGAUCCUCCGUCCUCACAAGGGCGAAAUCAACAAAAUCUCCAUGUUUGAUAAGGGCUGCACGCUGCUGUGUGUGUUUGGCCUCCCUGGAGGAAAGCUGCCCUGCGAGAGCGUUUGCGCCUUGGAAAGCGCGAUUAAAAUCUCCACCGCCUGCUCCGGCAGGCUGGGGAAAAUCGAGGCAGUGUCCGUGGGGGUCACCAGCGGGACGGCGUUCUGCGGAGUCGUCGGCCACCGCGUCAGGCACGAGUACACAGUCAUGGGCCAGAAGGUGAACCUGGCUGCCCGGCUGAUGGAGCACUACCCGGGGCUGGUGUCCUGCGAUGCGGCGACCUACGCAGCAUCCCGGCUGCCCCGGUCCUACUUCAAGGAGCUGCCGAAGGCCCAGAUGAAGGGGGUUGGCGAUCCUGGCACUGUCUAUCAGUACCUGGGGAUGUCGCAGAAGCUCAUAUUUGGCCUGGAUCUUAUGGAGGAGAGGUCAGAGUACGGCCCCUUGCUCGGUCGCGAGGAGGAGAUUGCCCUCUUUGAAAGUGCCUUGAAAGCCUACAGGACUUGUCACGAAAGCAGCAUCGUAGCAUUUGAGGGUGUGCUUGGCUCUGGAAAGAGCCAUUUACUCACUGAGCUGGCAUUUUUAGGCCAGGCUGCUGGCCACAGGGUGGUGGCCGUGGAACUGACAGAGCUAAACCUGAAGCAGGUCUACUCUGCCCUCCGUAUGGUGCUGGCCAUGGCCCUGGGCCUGCAGGCAUGUCAAUCGUGCAGUGCCAGACAGCUUGUGCUGCAGACAAAGCUCCAAGGGCUGAUGGCAGAGAGCAGCUACUGCCUCCUCAACGACGUCUUCCUCGUUAAGUUUCCCCUCUCGACGGCAGUUUCCCAGAUGAGUGGCACUCAAAGGCAAAUGGAGCUGGAGUUGGUUUUGAAGAAAGUGCUCCAGAAGACUGUUGAAGAAGAUGGCGUUGUAUUUGUCAUCGACAACGCCCACUGCAUCGACUCUCCCUCCUGGAGUCUUAUGUGGAGCGUGCUCAGGGAUGUCUCAAUCCUCAUGGUGAUGAGCUUCACUGCCAGUCACUGCAGAAGACAGAGGCUUUGCCAAGCUGCUGUAGACAUCCUGAAGCUGCCAAAAACCAGUUGUGUUCGUCUGGGAGAGCUGAAGCCUUCCGCUGUAGUGCAGAAAGCCUGCCAGGCGCUUGGAGUUGUCAGCCUGCCCCAGGAUCUAGAGACGUUGCUGACGCAAAGAAGCUACGGCAUCCCCUAUUACUGUGAGGAACUGUUGCGCUACCUUCUUGGCCAUGACAUGCUCUUGUUCCACCCACUGGGGAAGGAUGAGAAACGAGAGGACAAGUGGGAGAGCCUCUUCACUUCUGUGACGGAGGCUUCAACCACUGCAGCAGCACGGAGCUCCAGCGCAGGGAAGGACCGCAGGGUGUGCACCAUGAGGCCGGAUGUGACCCUGCAGAACACUGUACUUCCCCCUACAUUGAAAGGGAUUGCGCUGGCUGAGCUGGACAGCAUGAAGCCCUCGGAGCAGAUGGUUCUGAAGUGUGCAGCCAUCCUAGGGCUGCUGUUCAGCACGGAGCUGCUGUUCCACAUCCUUCCCGGGUGGAGCAGGGCCAAGCUGAACAAGGCGCUGAAUGCCCUGGUGAGAUGCAACAUCCUCAAGUGGCUGAAUGCUGCCAAGGGGGCAGAAGAGAGCAGUGUUCCCACCGAGGGGUCGGGCACCUCUCUGGAGGAGGAGAGCGAUGCGCAGAAGUCAUCCAUGGAGGAGAGCAAGCAGAGGGCGAGGCUGGAGUCUGGCGUGCUGGCCUUUUGCGCCCCGCUGCUGCAGGAGGCUGCGUACGAGCUGUGGCCGAAGGGACAGAGGGUGGCCCUGCACCACAAGUGUGCGGCCUUCCUGGAGAGGCACGCGCACAAGUGCCAGUGCUGCGGGGGAGGCGACUUUGUUGCCUUCCACCGCUUGGUCCUGGGCAGCACGCAGGAGGCCGAGAGCUGUGAAGAGCAUGGCAGCAACUGCUCCUGGCGCAACUGGGAGGCCUCCCUGGCGACCAGCGAGGAGAUGAAGUCGGACGAGCUCCCCGCCUCUACGGAUGCUUCAAGUGGUGUACCAAAAGAGAAGAGCUUCUUGGAGGAGAUUUUUCGAGCGGCAAAGCGGUUUCGGGCUAAGACCGAAUGGAUGCCCAAGGUGCCCAGCAAGACCCACUGGACGCAGGGUGUGGAGUGUUCCUGCAGCUGCAAGGCCAUUGUGGACUUGGUGCUUGUGCCCUUGGCUCAGCACUACAUGGCAGUGGGCAAUGACGCCAGAGCCUUUUAUUAUCUGCUGGAGGGUGCGGCUGCCUACUUGCACGUCUCCGACAACUACCUGGCCUUCCGGAACCUGAAGAAAGCAGAAGUGCUGAGGACCUUGGUGGCUAAGAAGGGAAACUCGCUUGCUUGCUUUGAAGAAGCCACUUUGCUGAGCCUCAAAGGAGAGGUCUGCUACCAUAUGGGACAAACGGAGCUGGCGAAGACAAUGAUCAGGAAGGCAUUGAGCCUGCUGAAGAGGAAAUUCCCCACGACCUCCACUGGCGCCGCCUUGCAGCUUGUGCUGGAGAAGUCAGAGCAUGCCUCUCACAAGAAGAACAGAGACUCCUCCGUUCCUCAGGAGGCAGGGAGGCAGAGGCUCCCCUGGCUGUUCCGGCAAAGCCACUGCCUGUCCUUACUGCGGCAGCUCUUCAGCCUGGAGAGCGCCGCCGGCAGUCGGAGGCUCUCCCGCCUGGCAGCACUCAUGAAGGUGAACACGGCCGAGGAGUCCGAGGAUGCGAGUCACGUCCUCUUGUCCUACCUGGAAUAUGCGCUGUGCUGCCAGAACCUGGGCUGCCGGGAAGAGUGGCUGCAAUACGGGCGGGCGGCCAUGCAGCUUAGCGCUGAGGUGCAGCUCUUUGGAGGAGGGGUAUUAAACACAGCCAGCUUUGCCCAGGCCCUGUCCCAUCUGACCCUCAGCCUGGGAAAUCUGCCUCUGUCCGUCGACGUAGAUGAGGUAAUCACGGUGCUGGAGAGAGUGGAGGUUGCGCAGUGUCAGGGGUCAGGGACCUUUGGGUACCCGGAAUGUGAGGCAGUGCUGUGCAGGCUAGAGAAGCAGGUGUCUGGAGCAGAUGAGAUCGUUGGGCAGGCAUGCUUCUUCUGCUGCUGCUUAGACCUCUUGCUUGAUGCUGGGUGGCAGUAUAAGUCCUUUGAAGAGUGCAGGAGGUUCGUGGAGCAGAACGAAGCCAACUGCCUUCUCCAGGCGCAGAGCAGCAUCCUGCUUGGACUGUAUUCGUCCCUGGCUCUUUGGUUUGCAAGGCUUGGGCAGUGGGACAACUUCCAGAAGCCCUUUGAAAAGGCCAGGAGGCUGCUGAAGAGCACUGGCACCUGCCUUGUGGCCAGCCAAGUGUGCAGCCGGCUCCUGGAGUGCCAUAGCCUGGUGCUGAAAAAGGACAUGGAGCACGGCUCGUGGAGGGCCCGUGAGAGCUGCCGCAGGGCUCUAAGGCUUGCCAAAGAGGUUUUCUCUCGGUGCUCCACAAGCCCCGUCUUCUACCCCAGAGUCUACCACCUGAAAGCCUACAUUUUCCUGAUGCUGGGGAAUGAAGAGCAGAGCCUGCUGUGCCUCAACCAGGGCCUGCAAGCCUGUGAAGACCAUGGCAACCUGCUGGAGAAGACUUGGCUGGAGAUGAGCACUAUUGUCACCAUAAUGAAAAGCGUGGCUGCAUCUUCUUGA